AUGGAGGAAUCACUAGAAGAUCGGAUAACUGCAAUCGAAAGAGCUCUGGGCAUUGACGAGUGCACAGAUGCAAAAGCGAAGGAUUUCGACGUAGCGGCAUUGCAAACAAAGUUGACGAAGCUAGGUUUGGAUCGAGUUAUGAAAAUCCCUCUGGUAAAAUUGAAAAAGCUCAAGAAUCUUACGAACAAGCAAGAAAAAGAGCUCGACGCCAUCCAAGACGACAUCGAGAAGGGGUUGGAGGAAUGGAAGAAGUACACAAUGGAGCUGGAUACCUUCAAAACGGAGUACUUUUCCGUUAUCGGAGCUUUAAGUGAGCGCCUCGACGAAAUGAACAGAUUGAUUUCACUAGCUGAAAGCGAAUCCGAGGCAUAA